CUUGUCUUACAACUAACGGGCCUUACAUCGUGGAGACCUUUUCAUAUCGUGCAUCAUCGACUCAUCGCGCACAAUGGCUGGACUGGAUUUCCGACGCUCUUGUCAAAAGUGGUCAACGAAGGAUUGGAUGGGUCAGCACUUGCAGGGGUCUGCGCUGCCGUCUGUCAGAUACAUCAGCCCUCGGCCUUCCACGCUGUGAGAUCUUACUUUCUAGGAUCAUUGUUUCUCGUUGGGUCCUACUACAUUGGGCUCACAUCGUCGAUCCGUUCGCAGCGCGCAGAUUGCGGAAUGAUCACUCAGGAGGACUGUCAUACCUUCACUGAAAUUUCGCACUGUAACAUCUGACUCGCAUAAAAGUCUACAACUCCUGGCUAUAAUCAUCUUGCAAUCUUGCUAUGGACGAGUCGUUGUCGACUUCGGCGCCAGAUGUGUCGCCGUAUACACCUAUCGAUCAGCCAAGCGAAGAGAUUCGACUGCUCACACUGGAGGCAGGUGCGUUCGAUGACGAACUGGUAAUCAAUUUGCGCAUGAAGCGGUUGGACAAAAAACGGCCAGCGUACGAAGCCCUAUCGUAUGUUUGGGGAAAGGAAGUAUCUCCGCAUCGAGCAGUGCUCAAUGGUAGAUACGUUACCAUUGGUCGUAAUCUGGAUUGUGCUCUCCGUCACUUGCGUCAGAUCAACACAGAACUAUUUCCCGGGGAGACAUUUUUGUUCUGGGUCGACGCGUUAUGCAUCAACCAGGCUGAUUUUGUCGAAAGGGCCAAGCAAGUCCAACUCAUGGACAAGAUCUAUGCAUCUGCGAAAGACGUAUCAAUAUGGUUAGGACCUGAGCGUCAGGAUGAUUUGUUCCUUUUGAACAGCAUCGGGAGACAAAGGGUCCCACAAGAAAUUGACGAUGUCCUUGUACUUCUCAAAGCACUCAAACGACUCUGUCGCCGGCCAUGGUUUGGUCGACUCUGGAUAGCUCAAGAAUUAGCGCUAUCCGAUAAUCCGAAGCUUCUUCUUGGGCAUCGAUUCAUACGCUGGCACCGAUUCUUCCGCUUUGUCGACAAAAUCUUCUACAAAGCGGACCUGGUCGUAGAGGGAUAUUCUGUCGAAUGGCCAUAUCAAGCAUGCUUCUAUUUCACAAAUGCCGCAUCGCGAGUCAUGAGACUCCAUCUUAUUAAAAACAAUGCACGCGGUACUCUUACGGAACAGCUUGGAGAGACUUCACCACUCCUGGCAUCUGAUCCCCGUGAUAAGGUUUUUGGGCUUCUCAGCAUCUGUCGCUUCUCGUCUCACCGAGAGACUAUCAAAGCUGACUACACGAAGACAGUCUCAGAGGUGUUUGCUGAAGCUACAUUCAGCAUGUUGCAAGAAGGCAAACGUCCCGGAUAUGCUUGGUUCCAGCUGCAGCCUGUCCUCCAACGUGGUGUCGCGCCUGCGAAACUCCCUACCAGGGCUCCUGAUUUACCAACGUGGGCGCUCGAUUUUACCAUCGGAUGUCAGUACUCUAAUUGCCGGAAAGACCUGCAGUACAUAUGUAAACCAUCUAUACUCAUACCGUCACGUUGGAGGUACUUCAUUGAUGGAACAAAAGUUUCGAAGCUACCACCCCCCUUCAAGAGGUCUUCUGAUCCAGCCGAGCUCUCAACUUUUGGAAAGUUCAUAGGCACUAUCUACCAGACGACGGGCGACUUGUUCGAUUCGAAGGGUUUCGAUACCCUCUCGCCAGUCGUACUCAAUGUUGCUUUCCACGAUAUCAUCAAGCCCCGCAACAUCUCAGCGAGAUCGUUUUUACAAGCGUUAGUCAUUGAUCGCGAUCUCCCUACCGAAAACUAUGCUGAAUUUGAGGAUCUUCUUUCCGUGCAAUUACACAAGCAUGACGCCCCGCUCUGGCCUACCUGGCCAGCUACCUACACGCUCAACCAGUAUCUUGUUCACAAAGACCAGGUCGUCUUCGUCACGGCAGAGAAACAUGUUGGAAUGGCGUACCACCCAGAGUUUGGAGACGGGAUUCGCCCAGGCGAUAUUGUCGUUGGGCUGUUUGGGAUCAACUACCCUGUCAUCCUCCGAGCAGUCGAACAGGGACAUGGGGGAAGGCCCUUGUAUAACAUGAUUAAUACGGCACAUGUAGCGCACCAUAAGUGGGGCCAUGAUUUCGUGGAAAAUGCGCCUCCUAAGGCGAGGUGGCGGGACUUUAGGGAGUUUGGACUGGAAGAGUACACUAUUAUAUGACAGGUUCGUUUUCCCGCUCAGACGGAGGUUGUCGAGAUAUGUGGGAAUGCCGAACGAGCGCUUUACUUCCAAGCAACGAAAAUGAUACCCUGGUCUGUCGUUCAGUCCUGACAAGAGAAUGCUACUUAUACGACAACAGUUAGGCUUAAUGCUUCUCUUGCAACAACCGGAGAUCGGUUACAUGAGGUGACAUCUCAUCUUUGUUGCUCCUUGUGGUAAGGAGUGUGCGAUUGCUAGCCACUCAGAACGAAUUCGCAGUCAGGCUCAAGCAGCAAAAGUAAGAC